GCAGAGGGUUUUGGUGCGAGGAAAGCGUUGCUUGUACAUAUUUAGACUGUUUUUCGCAGGUUCCGCACUGGGGUUCCGCGUGCGGAGUGUUUCCUUGAAUUACUUAAUUGUGUGCUGCUGGGUGAGUCAGGUGGACGGGAUAGGGAAGAGAAGGAUUGUAAGAGAAGGAUUGUAAGGGAAAAUUAGCAAGAGAAGGAUAGCAAAAGAAGCGUAGCAAGGAGAACGAUAAGCCAGGGAAAGAGGGAAAAGAUACAAUGACCCCCCCAGAUGAGACCACGCGUCUACUCCCGCCGUCAGACAGCGUCGCGGCCGUGCGGGAGGGCAGCGUGAGCCCGGCGCUGGGCGCAGGAGCCCUGGACGUCCCCGCGCUGGGCAAGAGCACGCAGACCCCGCACCUCGUCCGGUUCCAGAGGAACGGGCUGCUGGAGGGCGUACCGACGUGGCGCUUCCGCUGCGUGUUCGGUGGGAUCUUGGUGGGCUACUUUAUCGCCAUGUUCGACUCCACCCUCAUGGCCUCCUCCCACCCCGUAAUAACCUCACACUUCCACGCCUCCAACUCGGCCUCCUGGCUCUCCACCGCCUUCCUGCUCACCUCAACCUCCCUCCAACCCCUCAUGGGCCGGCUCUCCGACACCAUCGGCCGCCGGCCCCUCUACCUCGCGGGGCUAACCCUCAUCUGCGGCACGACCGCGUGGUGCGCGGCCGCCCAAUCCAUCGGCUCCUUCAUCGCCGCGCGCGCCGUGUGCGGGAUCGGCGCCGCGGGCGUGCUGAGCAUGGGCAACGUGAUGACCAACGACCUCGUCAGCAUCGAGGUCAGGGGCACGUACCAGGCGUACAUCAACCUGUUCUACGGGGGCGGGUCAGCGUGUGGAGCCGCGUUCGGGGGCUUCCUGUGCGAUCGGCUCGGCUGGCGGAUGACGUUUGCGGUGCAGAUUCCCGUGUUUGUGGGAUUGUUGGUGAAUGCAUAUUUCACCACGCCGGGGGAUUUGGGGCCGUGUCUGCAUGCGCGGUCCGGGCUGGGGAUCAGGGAUGCGCUGAGGGGGUUCGAUGGGUUGGGGUCGGUGCUGUUGACGGGGUCCGUGGCGGCGCUGAUUCUGGGGCUGAAUCUGGGCGGUAACGUGUACGCGUGGACGCACCCGAUUGUUGUUACUUCACUGAGCGUCGCAGUCGUCGCGGGCGCCGCGCUGCUGUGGGUCGAGGCGCGGGCAGAGCGCGCGGUGAUGCCGCUGCCGAUGCUGGCGAGUGCGCCGCGGGGCAAUCUGGUGUUCAACAACUUCUUCGCGGCGCUGGGGAUCAACACGGUGCUGUUCAACGCGCCGCUGUACUUCCAGGCCGUCAAGCUGGAGUCGGCGUCGGUGUCUGGGUUCCGGCUGGGCGGGCCGAGCGUGGCGCUGACGGUGUGCGGGGUGAGCUGCGGGUUCAUCAUGACGGCGACGGGGCGGAUGAAGGGGCUGAUUGUGGUGGGGUCGCUGGCGAUGCUGGUCGGGGCCGUGUGUCUGGGGGCGCUGUGGGACGGGGUGCCGGCGUGGGUUGCGACGGCGUUUCUGAUUCCGUCGAGCGUUGGACAGGGGCUGUCGUUCCCGGCGACGUCGCUGGCGGUGCUGGCGACAAGUACGCAGGAGGACCAGGCGGUCAUGACGAGCACGCUGCUCUUGUGGCGCAGUCUGGGCGUGGUCAUGGGCGUCUCAAUCAGCAGUCUGAUCUUGCAGAACGCGCUGACAGCGUAUCUGAACGCGCUUGUCACCGGGCGGCAUAAAGAUGAGAUCAUCUUGACAGUCCGCCGAUCCGUGCGAAGCAUCAUCGACCUGGACCCCAAGCACCAGGCCCAGGUGAUCGAGGCCUACGACCGCAGUCUGAAGCUGACAUUCAUGUCCGCGAUUGUCGUCUUCGUAGUUGCGAACAUCCUCGUGCUGGCCAUCAAGCUGCCAGUGCUGAAGAGAAAGGACGCGGAUGAGGAAGUAGAAGGUGAUGAUGAAGAACGAUAGACUGCAAAGAGAUUAGACAAGCGAGAUCGACACAUGCCGCGCCUACACGACGUAUAGAUGUCAUCAGUGUAUAUGUAAAUGUAUAACUUGGUAUUGUAGAGACAGAA